CGCCCCGAACCGGCGAAACUACCCGAUUCUAGAAUCUUCCGGCGUGGGCCCCGCGGCCUCCCCUAAUUUUGUGCUGCCCGCGGGUCCAGGUCACCACCACCGCGUAGAGCGUGGAGCGUGGAGCGUAGAGUUUAUUCGCCUCGUCGCCCCCGUCGGUCGCCGCGCCGUCGCGUCGAAUCUCUCCGCGUCCGUCGCCCGCUACCUCCCCUCGCUCGCAGCUCAAUUUAUUCCGACUAUCAGCAAGAUGUCAGCCAAUGUUGGUGAAUCGACAAGUGCUGGCAGCAGCGGCGAUGCAGCUGGGGGGAGUUUUGAGUGCAAUAUAUGCUUUGAACUGCCCCAAGAGCCAAUAGUGACACUUUGUGGCCAUCUCUUCUGCUGGCCAUGCCUUUACCGAUGGUUGCACGUCCACGCACACUCGCCAGAGUGCCCGGUGUGCAAGGCCCUUGUCGAGGAAGACAAGCUUGUCCCCCUUUAUGGACGUGGCAAGGACCGUGUUGACCCAAGAUCAAAGAACAUGCCUGAAUCUGACAUUCCUCACCGCCCGACUGGCCAGAGGCCUGCCACAGCUCCACAGGCUGAUGCUAACAACAACUUCCCCAAUGCCAAUGCAAACCCAUGGUUCAUGGGCACAGGAGUCCCAUUGGCGAAUGCACGGUGGGGGAAUUAUGCAUUCUCAGCUGCUUUCGGAGGCCUGUUCCCUAUGCUUAGCUUCCAAGUCCAUGGAUUCCCAGAUGCCGCUGCUUAUGCGCAGCCAGCUGGGUUCCACUAUGGGUACGGCCAUGGGCAUGGAUUCCACGGUGGGCAUAUGGGACACGCCCACGGCAUCCACCGGCAAGCACCUUUGGGGCAACAGCAGCAGGCAGAUAUCUACCUGAAGGCCCUGCUUCUCAUGGUUGGAGUUCUAGUGAUUGCAAGCCUCCUUGCAUUUUAAAGCUGUUGGGCCUGGAGGCCCUGCUCAUAAUGGUUGGAAUUCUGGGGGGUGCAACUGCAAUGCAAGCCUCCUGCCAUUCCUGACGUUGUGAUGGCUGAUUGGCUUAAGAAUUGUCUUAUUUCAGUGUUGGUUCUGUAUUAUAGCUUGGUGCUGAGUACCAUAAGUUAUUCGUGUAUUUGCAUGAAGUGUCCAUAGAAUAUGUAUUUAUAGCUCUAGGCAAGUAUCUGCCUUUUACAGCACCUUAUAUAGUAUUAGGAGGAACCUGGUGCAAUUAUUGCUGUUUAGUUUUGAUGAUUUUUUGAGGGGAACGUGAUGUACAAUUGUUGGGUAGCCAUCUCCCGCCUGCAUCUGUUGUCUGUACCAUUUAGAUUGGAAAUGGAUAGCAUGAGACAGAAUAUAUGAGAAUUGGGAAUUAGUGUUUUGUGUA